GAGCAGUGAUCAUUGGUUGGUGACUUACAACAAGUAUUAUGGCAAGUGCUACACCUGGAAUAGUGCGAUUAACAAACCGAAUGGAGAAAGACCCCUUGUAACAACCAAUUUUGGAUCCCGUUAUGGCCUUAGACUGACGCUGAACGUCGAAAGAAACGAAUAUACUGGACUUUUUUCCCAAACAUACGGAGUUAGGGUGUCCGUGCAUGAAAACGCCGUAGUUUCGUACCCUGAAAGCGAGGGUUUAACCGUGUCUGUUGGCAGCGAGAUGCUCAUCCGAACGCGCCAAAAAAAAUACGAACGCCAGCGUUAUCCAUAUCCCUCAAAGUGCGUGGAUGGGUAUAAAUCUGCCACAAAGAUUAACCGUGGGGAUUACACGGUGCUUGGCUGCAUGCUUAAAUGUCUGGAGGCACGGCUUUUUGAAAGGUGUAAAUGCUUCGAUAGAAUAGUUGACUCGAACAAACAUAGAUGUAGCUUCUUCAAUAGAACUGAAGAGUUGUGUCGUCAGAAAGUUUAUUAUGCCUACAACGCUGGAAAACUUGGCUGUAUAUGUCCGGCAAAAUGCAGAGAAGCUAAAUAUCAUACCUCGACAUCUAUUUCGGCCUGGCCAAAUCAUCACCAUGAUUACUAUUUGCUGGAACGACUGAAACAUAGGGACGACAUUACGCUAGAAAAUAUCAAAGAUAACAUACUAAGGGUGCAUAUCUACUUUGAAGAUUUCAACGAGGAAACAGUGAAAGAAAUACCAGUGUACACGAUAAGUGGCUUGUUGAGCAACAUUGGUGGAACAAUGGGAUUAUUCAUAGGACUCUCUUUGUGUACAGUUGGAGAGUUCCUGGAACUAAUAUUGGAAAUAACUAUCCUACUCUGUAGAAAACUCUCAAGCAGGAUAAAAAAGAACAAAAUUAACAUUACCAUGUAAUACCAUGGGCUUUCAAUCGUUGAAAGCCCAUGAUAAUGCAUAAGCCCCU